AGGGAAACGCGGAAACGGAGGAGGUUGAAGGUCAAUGCGUAAGAUAUGGAAAUGAAAGCUUGUUCCUUAUGAAACCAGCGGAAAUUUACACUAUUAAAUAAUAUAAAUAUAGCUAGCUACGGAGCGGCUGCGACGACAGACAUGUCUUAUUGCAGAGAAGAAGGUAAGGAUCGCAUUAUCUUUGUGACAAAGGAGGACCAUGAAGCCCCUAGCAAUGCGGAGCUUAUAGAAGAAGACCCCGAUGAUCCCUAUGAGGAGCACGGCCUGAUCCUGCCCAGCGGAGACAUCAACUGGAACUGCCCGUGCCUGGGGGGCAUGGCCAGCGGGCCUUGCGGAGAGCAAUUCAAGUCAGCCUUCUCCUGCUUCCACUACAGCAAGGCGGAGCUGAAGGGCUCGGAGUGCAUGGACCAGUUCCGCGGGAUGCAGGAGUGCAUGCAGAAAUACCCGGAGCUCUACCCCCAGGAGGACGAGAAGGAGAGCGCUUCAACAGCAGGGGCCUCCGACCCUGAGCCUGCCACCUCCGCCCCCCCUCAAGACUCAGCGCCUGAUUCGCCCUCUUCCUCAACAGACACACCUCCCACAGACAGACCAGCCAAUAGUUAACACCAAAGUCCACUUGCAUUUGUUAGCCUUGCCCACAGCAAUCAAAGAAGCACUGAUGAAUUUCAUUACAUGUAUAUGUCUGUGUGUGUUUGCUCAUCCCUGUCCAUUUGAUCUGUUUUUGUAACUGACAUUUAUUUCAUUAAAAACACAGAAGACCGAGGCACUCAUUUCCAGCUAACCUUUAUCAGGGAAUUUCAAGCACUUUUUGUCUCUUCUGGUAGGGUGGUGUGGGGUCUGAUUGAAAGUGCAUUAGUGACAUAUUUCUGUGUAACAUAUUUUGGUAUGCAUUUUCGCAUAUGAGGUUGCAAAAGCUCUCCCAAUUAAGAAGGCAAGGUUGUCCAUAAAUAAUAGUUUAAUGCUUAAUAGUUUUAGUUUAAUAGUUUAAUAUUUUGACCGUAAGGAAAAAAUCACACAACUUCUAUUAUCUUCAGAUGAUAGUUCAGUCACCCAGCGCAUGGUACGUCUAAUGUUGUACUUCCUAAGAUGACUCUUCUAAAUGUUGGACAUAUGAAUACUGAUAAAGAAUGCUGCUUGUCCUUAAUACAUGAAAGUAUAUAUAGUAUAUGCUGGUAUUCGUGCUCUUAGCUACUUGUCAUUCUCUUUAAGAUUCCUAAAUCAAUUGUCUGUAAGUGUGUCCUCUGUCAUAUUCAGCAUGUCAUAUGCAUCUUUCAAAUUUUCUUGAAAAUUAGUUUACACAGCUAUUUGUGUGUUUCCUUUGCCUCCAGAUCCUUGUAUUUUUGUCUAUAUUGUAUGUGAUGUUGGUCAAUUGCUUGAUUGGAAUUUAGUUACAAUGCUAAAUGAAAAGACUAGUUUUCAGGAGCAAGGAGAACAUUUUUAAAACAUUUUUUAUCUAUAUUUUAUUAACUUUUCAACAUGAAUCUAGCUAUAUAUUACUUAUUACCACAAUAAUUGUGGAGAGUUUUACCUUUGUGUCAACACACACUUGCUGCUGAGACAUGGAAGAGACAGGAUUUGUUGAACUACUUCAGUAGUCCCAGUGUAGUAAUUCAGUCUCUUCACGUGAAUCUACAAUGUCAAAGUGUUGCUGUGCCAUUUUCUAAACAAUACAGCUAACAUUUUAAUUUGUUGUGUGUAAUGAUUUAUUUAGGUAAACCUUGUGUUAAUUAUAUGUUAUUUUUAUUUCUCAGAUGUUUGGUCACAAAGGUGUGAAUUAAACUUCUGUUGGGACUUA